AUGUUUGACUUCACAGACGAAGCGUCUGGACACGAAAAGUGCUUCAUGACAAUCGCCCAACUACCCGGUUUCAUUGACCCGAAGCAGGUUCCGAGCAAGAAAUCUCCCUUUUCUGCCAUCCUCAACCAGCCCUUUGCGCAUACAGCUGAAGUCAUUCUUCCUGAAAAUGUUUACACAAGCAUUCAGGCGUCAUUAGACGACGAGCUGAAUAAGCCUCAAUCCGCAAGAGUGUUCAUGUGUCCCAGUGAUCUGCUGGAACACGAGUUUUUCAACGCGUACAUAAAGUCUGGAAAUAUUCUUAUGAUUUCUGAGGGCCGGGCUGGGUCUGACAAUGUGUUUACGCUGCACGAUGGAAUCCUCAAGAUAGAACUCGGAAGAGAAAUAUUUGAGCGCACAGGACUCACCGGGAAACCCAUCCGUAGCGGUGGAAGAAAGCACCAGAAGGACAGAUUUUUGAUUGAGCUAAAUUUACGCCUGCCGUCAAUGUUGCAUGGCAAGAAAGGCUUUGACCGGAUUGUGUGGGCCUUCAAAAAUGUACUGAACCAGUCCCUCGCUUGGCUCUUUUGCGACUUGGAACUCACAAUAGGAAACCAAGCAACCAAGCCGAUCACGAAACAUUGUCCGCAGAUGAUUGAUUCUGACGUACUCAAAAGCAAGCUGGACCGAAUCCACACGCCCCCUCUGCAUGGACUGGUGUCAAAUGAUAUGUCCGAGGAAGAUAUGCAAGAGAGCUGCGGUUCCCUUUCUGAAUGGAUUGCUAUGGUCCAACUUGGAUCACCCCGUGUGUCUGCAGACGAUGACGUCGACCCGUACCUGAGUCGCUACCGUGUACCAGGUGCUGAUGCAGCAAGUACUAUGGAUCUGAUCAGCCUGAAAUGGCAUGGUCUGAUCUCCGCAAAGUGGAUCAUGCAGUUAUUUUUGUGUCUACUCCCUUCAUCGGCCUGGUUUGUUCUUUCCACUUCUGCGCUGGGAAAACAGGCCGUAGAAGGGAGGGACGGAUUCACGAUCGCGGCUGCUCCAAACAUAUACUCGUCGGUGGCAUCCAGGGCAAAUGAUCGGGAGGCAUCCGAGUCCAACAAUCGCUAUGCUAUAUGCUGGGAAUUUGUUGGAGCAACUGCUAUUGAGAAAUGA